UGUGGGGGACGUGUAUUCUGUGAUACCCGAGAGCAUGUGGGCUUUCGUAGUCUUUUUUUUUUUUUAGGGGUCACCGAAAGUGAACUUUUUCUUUAGUUUUACGUUCGAAGAUUUGGGUGGAAAGGAAAAGGCGCAGGCAGCGCAGUUUCCGGAGGACAAGGACUGCGUAGAGCAACCAGGAAGCGGCAGGGCUGGGAGUUGUUCCCGGUUCCCGCUGUGCUGUGGAGACUUCUUCACAGGGUCCCUGCGCCGAGGCCGGGCGCCCUUGGCGAGUCCCGCUCUGAGCGCUAGAACCCGGCUCCGGCCGGCCGUGCCCGAGCUGCCAUGUCUUCCGACUUCGAAGGGUACGAGCAGGACUUCGCAGUGCUCACUGCUGAGAUCACCAGCAAGAUUGCAAGGGUCCCUCGGCUCCCUCCCGAUGAGAAGAAGCAAAUGGUUGCCAAUGUGGAGAAACAGCUUGAAGAGGCCAGAGAACUGCUUGAACAGAUGGAUUUGGAAGUUCGAGAAAUUCCACCCCAAAGUCGAGGAAUGUAUAGCAACAGGAUGAGAAGCUACAAGCAAGAAAUGGGGAAACUGGAAACGGAUUUUAAAAGGUCACGGAUCGCCUACAGUGACGAAGUACGGAAUGAGCUCCUAGGGGAUGCUGGGAAUUCCUCCGAGAACCAGUUGAUAAAAUUACGUGAAGAGAGGGCACAUCUGCUGGAUAACACGGAGAGGCUGGAAAGGUCGUCUCGGAGACUAGAGGCUGGGUACCAGAUAGCAGUGGAGACUGAGCAAAUCGGCCAAGAGAUGUUGGAAAACCUGAGUCAUGACAGAGAAAAGAUACAGCGGGCACGUGACCGACUCCGGGACGCAGAUGCAAACCUGGGGAAGAGCUCUCGGAUUCUGACGGGGAUGCUGCGAAGAUGGAAAGCUACCUCGGGACAGCCUGUUCGUUUCCUGGCCUCUAGACAGACUUUAAAUAAAGUGGAUUCAGAUAACAAUGAAAAUAGCCACAAAACAAAUAGCCAUUCAUGUGAUAACUGGGGCCGAGGAAUGGAUUUCUCAUUGAGCCUCACAAAAUUCCAUCAUUGUAAUUGGUUUUUCUCAGGUGGGUAUCACUGGGGGCCCAGGUGUUUCUUCCUGUGUGUAAACGCCAUGUGCGUGCUAGCAAGCAUGUAUGUUUUAUGCAUCUUACUAGAAAUCCUUUCUUUUCUUUUUUAACUUGGAUUCUUUUUGCUGUUACUGUUGUUUUUCAGGACAGGGUUUCUCUGUGUAGCCCUGGCUGUCCUAGUACUCACUCUGUAGACCAGGCUGGCCUUGAACUGAAAGAUCUGUCUCCCUCUGCCUUCUGAGUGCUGGAAUUAAAGGCGUGUGCCACCACCACCUGUAUCUGGGAUUCUUAUCAUAUCAAAUACUGGUGAGAAUCAAUAAUAAUAUGAGAUUUUUCAGGACUUUUAUUUAAAAAGAAAGGAAGUUAUGAUUCUGUUUCUUUUACCUCUGAAGAAGUAGAUAAUAAUUCAUAACUUGUCAUUACUAAAAUCUUUUCAAGAAAAACCUGUAUUCCUAUAGAAUGUAGCAGAAGUGUAGUCUGGGAGCUCCUUUAGCGUGAAGUUGGAAGACAUGUUACAACUGUAAUUGCCAGCUGCAUCAUCUGUGCGAGUGUCUGGGUUACAGCAGGAAGUAGCUUCCAUUUGAUGAGCUCAGUGUCAUAGACUUUGACAAUGGCUGCCAUACAUACAAUCAGAGUGCUCCCAUUAACAGUGAGCUCUGUCUCCCAGUGGCUUAUAGGACCUCCUUUCACAGGGCCUUGGCAGUGCAUCUUCUACAGCUGACCUAUGAAAGACCAAAGGACUAUUGCAAAUGCAGGGGCCCUGCAGCACUGUUUGUCAUAUAUUGCUGAGUGUGCCUGUCAAGUGACAUGAGCCCGGGGAACACCAGCACCUAUCCUUACAAUCACAGUUUAUGUCUACACAUUGUCUGCUUGUGUAGGUAAAAUGACAGACAAAACCGCCAACGUGCAGGCAGACAAUUCGUAAGGGUAGGUGUGAGAUCAGUCUACUGCAGACACUUGGUUUUCAGAGCAGACAGACUUAUUUUACAUAGGCCAUGGCUAGAUGUUUAUGCUGCUGUAGAAGGUGACUCUUCCUUGACCUUAGUCCACAGCAAACCCUGUGCUGUGUUCUCGGCGAUCUUGUCGUAUCUGAGACUCAGCAGGGCUUUCAGGGCAGUAAGGGAGGGGCCGUGGGAAUGUGCUCCUGGGUCUCGCGCACCAGAGGAGCCGCUUCUCCCGAGUGGAUCCCUCUCUUCUCUCUCACUGUCACCCUCCAUUCCCUAAGUGGUGACAGGUGUACCCUGACAUGGACAGGAUCUCAAGUGUUUCAGCCUGGAGUUUCUCCAGCGCCCCCCCCCCCCCAACUGUUCCUCCUCCAACUAAAAGCACUGCACUGCUGCUCAUUCUCAGGCUUCGAGGUGGGACCUGGGCUAGGUGCAUGCAGCCACCAGAAGGGGACGCUUCUGUCUUGGCCCAGUUUGUGACUAAAUGUCCUGCUCAUCACUUGGAUUGCUGCCUCUGUCUUGUGGCCUCUUCAAGGCCAAAACGGUAGUGUUGCCAGCAAGUUAAAGAAUAACUUUGUUUCCCUAGUCAGAUUCUUCUAAUAACCUCUUGUGUACUGGGCCAGGCCCAGGAUUCACAUUAAAGGGUCAUUUCAGACCAACCUAGGGGGAAAGACAUUGCCUCAAUAGACAAGCAACAACAACCAAAAAGUAAACAUAAAAAUAAAAUAAAAUAGCCAGGCUCUUGCUCUGAGAUCACUCACCGAUACACCAAGGCUGCCACUCCUGACUAGCUCUCACAGAGCGAGCCCUCAUGCGUAUCUGCCCCUGUAUUGUACUCCAUGCCUGAGACCUGAUUUAGCCCUAAACCACCUGGCAUUGUCGUGCAGGAGAGAGGAGAGUUCCUAAGGCCAUCAGCAAGGAGAAGAUCCAGGCUUUAAAGCCAGCUGGUUCCUCCGAGCCAACUCCAGGAGGUUCCUGAUGACAAGUUCUGCCUCAGAACAGUUCUCAGUGGCCAGUGACAGAGGGAGAACAAACCGGCCUGACGUCACAGCGCCGAGUUCCACUGCUCUGUGACCUUAUAUGAGUUCCGCUGCUCUGUGACCUUAUAUGAGUCCGUUUCUUCUGUGAAACAACUGCACACUAAACAAAUCCUUUGAGUGAUGACACUUUUAACAUAAAUUGAAAAAUGAACACUUGAAUAAUCUAUGUGGUCAACUGUCCCUCUGUUCCUUGUGGCCUCAACAGUCCCUCCUAGUUAGUGGGUACAGUGCUAGCAGGUGUAAGGUCUUUGGCCAGUGUAGACUUACCUCACCUUCAGAAUGACUCAAGGGCAUAUUUUCAUUCUCCUUUUAAGAAAUACAUCGAAGGGCGUGGUAGCACAGGCCUUUAAUCCCAGUCCUCAGGGUGCAGAUAGACCUCAGUGAGUUUGAUGGCAACGUGCUCUACUGGCAAGGUGCAGGCCAGCCAAGACUAUAUAAUAAGACCCUGGAGAGAGAGGGGUGUGGAGGGGAAGAGAGACUGAGAGAACUGGUUGCUGGUUGACCAGUUGAUGAAUAUCAGCAUGCAGACCUGCAGUACCUGGAUCCCUCUGUGGCCCACCAGUGUACACAGUGGGCAGACUAUAUGUAGUGGUUGUAUUAAAAGCAUAGAAUAAGCCCCACUAGGUCCUGCUCUUGGGGUACACUGGAGCCCCAAUGUGCCAAAGUAGUCUCUUCCUGGUGUGCUCCUGGAGUGCCUUUAGGGUUGGAGCCGAUUAAAAACCCACAGUGCGCAGCAGAGGCACCCGUGCUCUCUCUUCCCGCCAGUGCUUGGCAAAUAUCAUGGUAAGAAAAUGUUAUUUUUGCGUCUAGUGCUGCAUCACCUGGGGCCUUAUCCUCGCUGGAGAAAACAGUUCCAGUUUUGUUUAAUUAUUAAAAACGACAUUCUGCGUAGGCGUGUGCAGAAGAGUUAGGCUGUGGGCUCAGUCGGCUGCUUGCUAGUAUUAACCUCUUGCCAGAAUCUUCUCCGUGCCUCGAUUUCCUCUCUUAUAAAGUAGGGAUUGCGAUAGCCUCUGCCUCGUAGACGAUGACAGUUAGACGAGACAAUGCAUGUAACAGUGCCUGUGACUUAUAAGGGUCUCAGUAAACGUGUGGUAUUUCCAUUUCCAUCAGUGCUUUGAGGGGAAAAAAACCUUGAGAGCAUUUGCUGACAUUAGAGAGUUAUUUAAGAGGGUUUUCGUAGGUGUGUACAUUUUAACUUGACAGUUUACGCUCACAAAAGGUUUUUAGAAAAUUAUGAAUUAGUAGUGAUAAAAAUAAAAAUCCUGUGAUCCUUUCCUGAUACCCCUCUUUCUCUCCCUUUUUGUAGGCCCUCAGCUGCCACAGUGCUAAACUCCCCUAGAGUACCCAGGCUUCUGCAGAGCUAAGCACCUGCAAGCAGUUGAUUUUUCUCUCUCUCAUGGAGGAAGCCCCCACCCCACUCCUUCCCUGUACCUCUUUCCCGCCUCUUUUAUAUGUUAAUGUAUGAUUGGCCAAUUUGUCCUCCACAAUUCGCAGUGAGCAGUCUCCUGCUGGAGGAAGGCACCUCAACCCCACAAAAUUGUUCCUGCGUAGCAUCAUCUCCAAGAUGCCAGUGAGCUCCGACCUGCGGACCAGGUCCUGCUCCUGUGCAUGAUAAUCAUCCACAGCACGAGGUACACUCAUCCUUGCAGAGCUGGCUCUGCCUUUGCCAUUCAUACUGGUCAGGAUGCUCUGAGUAUAAGUGACAGAAACACCGACCAGACUGGCCACACACACACACACACGCACACACGCACACGCACACGCACACUUCAGGCCGAGGAGAGAUUUGACCUUAGCUACCCUGUAGUUAAAGGCUCAGAUGAUGCCAUUAGUCCUGAGCCUUGCUCCUGGACACCCACACCUCUCUGGUGAGGGGUCUGCCACUCUGUGGGAGCCAAGUCUUGCCACCUUCUUUAUUUUCUCUGUGACACUCAAUGAGAAGAGCUAUGUAUGUGGUUUAUGUGGGGUGGGGUGCUGGGUGUCCUUAAUCCCAUCUGAGGUGACAGCGUGGAGUCGCACUGGCUCUUAUUGGCUCUAGUCAGAUAAGUCAUAUACGUGAUGUGAUGUUCCAGAAAAGGGCUCCUGUUCUGAGGACAGACACAAGACUGAGCACAUCGAACUCAAGAGAACAGGCUGGCAGAGUCACAGACCUUACCUUCCUCUUACUCCAAGGGAGCAGCCAUCUUUCCUCAUCCGGCCCAGGUCCCACCCACAUGGCCCUGCUGUAUCCUUCAGUGCUGUGGACUUCCCAGAAGACCCUAGCAUCCUCUUGUGUCACGUGACUGUGUGUCUGUUACUAGCACUUGUAUCUCAGUUCUCGGCUAGACCCUUUUUCUCCCACUCCCUCCCUCCUUACAGUAUGAUACAGCCAGCCGCAGUAAGCAAGGGAGAAAACAAAACUGAAUGAGAAAACACCAGACCAAGAGCGACAGGACUCAGCCGGUGUGGGCCUCCACCAGACGCAAGCGCAGAGUCACACACAGGUUAAAACAUGCACACUUGAAGCAAAACAGGACAGAGGUGGGCCGUUGGUAACCAGAUGUCUACUGGGGAGUACCCAUGUGCUGGUGACCUGAGGAGGGGGCUUUUCUGGAAGAGAGCCCUGUCUUCCCCUCUUGACUCCUAGCCUCUGGGGGCUAGGGUCUCCCUCAUACUCCACAUGGGGCCAUGGCCCUCCGCAACAGGCCUCACUCAUCACCUCUGGAAGGAUGAGUGGGACUAGCUACAAAGUUCUAUGGCAGUUCCCAUGGGUGCAGUGUAGUUGAAACCAUGCACGCUUUGACGUCUUGCACUCUGGCCACAAGGAAGCUUGCUAGCUCAGAGCCACACUCUGUCCCCUUAUCACAAUAGAAAGGCAGCUUCUACUUCUUCUCCAUUGUGAGCCACAAUUUGACCUGUUUCUUGAAUUACCUUUCUCUUACGCCAUUCCUUUCUCUCCACGCGCGUGCCGUUCUUUAAUGCGAUGGCAUGAUGGGGGCACUUUACCUUCACCGCCAGUGAAUGCCUUCUUUGAACGCAGCCUUGAGCUGUUAACUCUACACAAGAUGCUCUAGGCCUCCCUUAUAAACAAGUAGUGGAGCCACCCCACCCCCCCCCCACAAAUGGCUAUUUAUUAACAUAUACCAUCACCGAAGAACAUCUUAAAAUUCCUGGCUCCUGCUUUCCCACUGCUGCCUGCUCCAUUGUGGGUCAGGGAGGCUUUUCGCACCUGUUUCGUUUACUGCUGGAGGUGGGGACAACUUCAUAAACCCAGGGUGAGAGUGUCUCCUUCACACACACACACACACACACACACACCUUCUGCUGCCACCACUGUCGCCUCCACAGCCACCACCAUGUUUUUCUGAUUGAACACUCGCACUGUAGAUCAGCGCAUUCACACAUCAGUUCUAAAAGGCUCGCUGUGUUAGGAGACGGCACAAAGCCAGCUCAGUUACAGCCCAUGCUCAGCGCAGGUGGCCAGGCCUCGCCGCCACCCAGAUCAAAAGUCAGACGACUGCGAAGCUGCUUUUCAAAGUGCAGUGGGGAGACAAGGCGAGGUUUAUCUGCACGGACAAGAGCGAGUUAUAGAUAUACAUCUCAAAUGCGCGCACAAGGCAGGGUUUCAUAACCCCAGGGUAAAGGGACCUAACACGGACAGUUUUAAGGGCAGCUCUGCCUAGUUCUAUUUUCUUUUUAUAUAAUUUUUUUUCCUUAAAAUUACUAUCUUACUGUGAGGCAAUUGAUAAUUAUUAUUUAUGCUUUGCUGCCAUUCUUAAAGUAGCUAAGAAUCUUUGAAAACCACCUUUAGGGCAGGAAAUGGCUCCUUUUCAUGGCUGCCUUUUAGUUUCUCAGCAGCAUUUAAAGACAGAUUCCUAUUUAUACCACACAAGCAGGUUUGUCUGUUGUAAACAAAGUUAAGUGCUGGAAACUGUGCCUUCCCAGAAAUGGUUUCCAGGGAAGCCAUAAUAAGAAACAACUGUGGGUCACUGGAGACGCUGCCAUCUAGGUAUUAAGAAAGAAUUCUUUGCUUUUCUAGGAAAGAAAAAAAAAAAGCAACGCAGUUUGUUAAGAAACACGUUUAAUAUCCAAAAAUGAAAUUAACAUGUUUCUUAAGUUACAGACUUUGAGGUUGCGAUUCUUCAUUUUAAAUUGUCUCUGACAUUGCUUGACAAGAUGGCAGCAAGCGUGAAAGGAGGAGCAGCCUCCCCCCCACAAAGGUCUUUAUAAAAGAUUUUGAAGAAAAAAAAAAACAAAACAAAACAAAAAACAAAAACUAAACCAAAAACAAAAAAACACAAAAACAAAAAACAAACUUAUUUGGCAAAGUUAUGUUAAAAAAAAAAAAAAGAAAAGAAAAGAAAAAAAAAAAAAAGCUUUAGACCUGGCAUGUGAAUAUCAAUGGAAAAUGCUAGGAUGGUAAAUUAGAGUCCAGUUUAAAGAGGGUUGGCAUGGCCUGACCCUGGGGGAGAAGAGUUUUCUGUGUGCUGUUACACUUCACCUAGGGCUAAGCCCUCAACCCCCCCACCCCCACGCUCUGCUCCUUAAUAGUUUUACGAUGUGGGGAAAUCCUGAGGACAUAUUCAUCUCCAGUUAGUUAGAGGCAUCUGAACAAGGUCCGAACAUGCCCUGGUUUAAAAAAAAAAAAAGCUCUCUGUCUCAAGCCCUAAGGAGGUGGUUCCUCUCUUUGGCUGGCUUCCCUGAGUCUCUGAACCACUGGACUUUUCUGAGUGUGUGUGUGUGUGUGUGUGUGUGUGUGUGUGUGUGUGUGUAAGUUUCAUCUAAACUUCCAUAUUUUCAAAAUAGUCCAAAACCAAGUCCUCGAGGCACCUGGGUGCUGGCUUAGUACCAUGUAGUCGCUCUGAUACCUGCACUGUUUUUGGAGUGUGCGGGGUAAGGGGGGCUCCUGUGUUGAUUCUGUCAGAAUAGUUCACUGUUUCUCUGCAUAUGCUUGUGAAAUCAGGUCACUGCCAGGAAGACGUCUGCAAGGGCCAUCACGACCGUUAAAAUGCACCGGGACUGUAGUUAACCAGGGCUCUGCAUGGCUUCAUCCCAGGCAAUCUUCAUCAAACUAAACUGAUACCAUUAUUACGUCUAUAUUCUGAGUCAGAUACUUGAGAGUGGGUAAUUUUAUGAAGAAUAGACACAUAUUUGGUUUAUGGCUCUUGAAGCUCAUGUUUGAAGAACAUGCCAUUUACUCCUGUUCAGCCUCUGUAGGGGCUCACUUACAAAUCCCGCCAACAUGAGGGUACGCUUCCAACUCAUAGACCUCUGGGAACACAUUCAGAUCAUAGCUGUUACAGACAUCGACGCCUACAGAAACCGAGUCUGAUCCAAGUCCUCCCACCAAGAGGGGACAAAACUUGGGCCAGCAGCCAAACUAACCAUGUUACUCGCGGUGUCCGCUGUAGUAGUAUAUUCAGCAUCCACUUCAACACAAAGAUCAGUCUUUUCCUGGAGGUUCACUCAGAAUCAUGUCCCCAGGAGACCCAGUAUCUGACUUUCAAGGUUUUGUGUAAAUGGGAUGUGCCUGGGAUGUGUGUGCGAUGUAUAUGGGCUAUACACAUGAUGUACUUGGGAUAUAUACAUGAUGUACAUGGGAUAUACACAUGAUGUACAUGGGAUAUACACAUGAUGUACUUGGGAUAUACACAUGAUGUACAUGGGAUAUACACAUGAUGUACUUGGGAUAUACACAUGAUGUACAUGGGAUAUACAAAUGAUGUACUUGGGAUAUACACAUGAUGUACUUGGGAUAUACACAUGAUGUACUUGGAAUAUACACAUGAUAUACCUGAGUGCAGUUCAUAGUACCUUGAUUUACCUAGUGUGUGAGAGAUCAAGGAAGAGACAGAUACCUGGGACAGGAAAAGAACACCUCUUGUCCCUGAGUAGGCAAAUGAGACUCCACAAAGAAAGUGGCAGAUGACCACCUGGCUUGAGAGUCACAGCUUCAUUCCCAGUCGCAUAGGGAGCACACCAGCUCUUUUUUUAUGGCAGGGCACUUAGGAAACUAACAGCUCAUCUAUUCACAAAGCUAGCAUGCCAAGCUUCAGUGUAACCUGCACCUUAAACUUAACUUGCUAAGGAGACUUUAAUUGUGGCAGAAUUUAAGGUUUCCUCCAAGAGGACAGCUUGGAGUCUCUUAAGUAAUUCUAAUUGUUAGGAAAAAGAAAACCUCGUGUGUCAGAAAAAUACUAAGAAGUUUCGUAUGUCUAACUAAAGUUACAUAUUUAAAGAAUUUCCUGGCCUUUGAAAUAAUACUGCAUAUUGACCAUAUGUAAUGUGUGUGUGAUUCAUGAGGAGAUACGAAGGACAUUGGCAGAAUUGGCGUGGAUUUGUUUUAUUAUGUUAUAUUGUCAAUUUGGUAAGUAUAUCACUUAAAUUGCUGAAUUUCUCCAUAUAUUCCAAUUAAAUAUUUCUUAUUGGAUGGCCAUAUAGAAAAUAAGUUCGUUGAAAACUUGCCCCAUCAAUAAAGAAAGCCAUUCAUUUUCUGUUCUGUACACAUGAUCUGAAGCUACAGCCUUUUAGGUCUCUUAAUCUGUUUGUUCAAGGCCAAGCUAUUUAUAUGGAUAAUUUUUAAAGCUUCUGUAUAAAGGGAAGAAAAGAACAUUUUAUUUAUUCACCGGGGUUUUUAUGUGCCUUGAAAUUGCAUAGAUAAAGUAUUUUCAAGCUCAUAGAUCUGGAGAAGAUAAAAGGUCUCUUAUUUUAUAAGGCUUUAUGUAAGCUUUUCAGAGGCACAGUUUUCUCAUGGCUAGAAUUUUUAAAAUAAAGCAUUAUUUCACUAUUAUAGCUAGAGUCUGAUGUAGGCAUUUCUUUUUCCUGCCUUGAAUUACAUGUUAAAUUAUGCAUUUAAGGUUUUCCUUACUGCAUUUUACCCUCUGCAUUUCAACAGUUCCCUUGUUGGAUAAACUGAUUCACCCACCGAUCCUCACUUUUAGUGUCAGGCAACGAUUUAAUGCCUGGAAUACUGAAUAUUAAGCAGCAGUGAGAAACUGAUUAACCGGUGCUAAUAAACACGGAGCGCGAGGCAUUACCUGGCUCUGUAGCAUUAAUGUGAGGAUAAAAGUAUUUACCGCCGCCUCUUGGAGGCUUUUGCUGGCCUACCGGACUGAAAAGCAGAGCAGUUUUGAACUCAAGCGCCUUUGGAGCCAGAUUCUGGAUGCUGCUGGUAGCUUUGCCAUGUCAGGGCCAAGGCACAUCUUUCCCUGGCUGGAGCACUCCCAAGCUAUCACAGGCAUCAGACAGGUGGGGAAUAAAUAUUGUAGAAUAGCGGGGCAUCGGAAGAGAAGCUCCUGAUCCGGGGACUGGGUUUGGACAGACUUCAAUUAGAGCAAACAGGUGUUCCUGGGAAGAGCUGUCCUCAGAUGGCUGGGGGUGUGCCAUCCUCUCACACAUAAAAGUUCCCCUUCCCUCUGCCUGCAGGAAACGCAGAAUUAACUACUACUCUUUCUUUUGAAAUGGAAAAAGAGAAAUCAAACUAUGGCACGAGAUUUUGGCUCCGUCAGAGUUCCUACGAAGUUUGCAGUCUAGGUUGAAGGAGAGAACCUGGGCGCAGCGUCCUCGCUGCCUUCUGUAGGAGAGAUGCCUGGACAGUGAGGUGGAUGCACAGAUCUUUUGCACCAUGUGUGCACCUCCAAGAUGUCAUAGUCUUUCCUUAUAUCGGUCCUUUCUUUACUUGGCAAAUAUUUCCUGAGUGCUUGGACUUUCUAAAUUAUGGAGCUAAGUGCUAGGGACAGAAUGGAAGAUGGAAGAAGAACCCACCUCCAAGAUGCUCAGCCUAAGUUGUAGUCAUUGUACUUGGUCUGGUUAAAAAAGCCCCCAGCCCAGGGUCUCAGGGAGGCUGGACAGAAGGGCAUUGCUGACAUAAGAGCCAUUUCCUUUUGUAAUGGCAGCAAAUGACGAUAUGAUCCACAGUUGUUAUUUGGGGCAUUCUUUUGAAAUCCUACUUCUCCAAUAAAGUGUAAAAUAGUAAUGAGUAUACUACAUUUUAAAAUUCUUUCUAAUUUCUUUUUCUUGAAACAAGCUGUUCCAUUGAUUUUAACUAUUCUCUUCUAGCAGUGAAUCUAGGGCUGUAUUACAUUUUAUUAAUAGUGUGGGGUUUCUUACUUGUAAUUAUAAUUUUCAUAAUUAUUAAAAUUCUAAUAAGGGUAUUUCUUUAAACAAAUGUAUUCCUUUAUAGGGAAAAUUAUCAAGAAACAUACUACCAAAACAUGGCAUGGCACCCUAUAAAUAUAAAUAAAUAUUUUUCUUUUGUAAUUCUUUUUUGAGAUAAUAGUAUAAUAGCCUAAUUUCCCCCUUCCCUUUCUUCCCUCCAAACCCAAACGCUUCUGUACACCCCACCUUGUUCUCUUUCAAGUUCACUGCCUCUUUUUAAUAAUUGUUGUUAUAUACAUACAAAGGGGGUGGUCAUAUGUAUUGGUUCAUUUCUAAAUAACAUACAUACAACCUGCUCAGUCUGCAUAGUGUUACAUGUGUGUAUGUUUUCAGGGCUGACCAUUUGCAGGAGGGUCAACACUUGGUGUGCUCUACCCUGGAGAAGGCUAUUGCUCCCAGUCUCAGCAUGCCUUAGUUGCCUGCAGUUCUUUGUGUGGGGUUGAGGCCUCCUGACAACAACAGUCGUAGAUGUUGGCGUUUUCUAGUGGGCUCAUCCUUGUUCAGCUCCUGUGUGGGCCAUCAUGUUGCUGAGAUUUUAUGGGUAUAGAUUGGUGUAGCUUCUAAUGUUCUUAGGAGACGAUCCCAAAGAAAACUCCCUGACCUUCUCACUCUUACAGUCUUUCUGCCUACUCUUCUGCCGUCAUCCCUGAGCCUUAAGGUGCGGAGGGGCUGAAGUGUUUCACAGUUGGGAGUGAGGUUCACAACUCUGCAUGUUGAUUGGUUGCAUUCUUCUGUAAUGGUCUCUGUCUAGUGCAAAGAAAUGUUUCCUAGAUUAGAGGUGAGGCGUCUCCCCACCUCCUCUUCUGCAGGGUUUCCUGAGCCCUGAGGGGAACGAUUUGAUGAAGACAUCGGUUUAGCGCUGGGUAUUCCAAGGCCUCUCACUCUGCCUUGUCCAGUUGUGGGUCUCUGGAUCUGUUCCCAUCUGCUGCAGGAGGCAGCUUCUCUGGUGAUGACUGAGUGAAGCACAGAUCUGCUUCCCUGGCUGGGGCCAUCUUUUUAUUAAUCUUUUUCAGUUAACAAAAUUAAUUUUAAAAAAAGGAAUAGUGGUAUAUAAGUCUUAAAAGAAAACUGGAACCAAAUUCUUUAUACUUAUACUGGCCAGAGAUCUCACCAGCAACUCCUUGAGUACAUUUCACUACAACUGUUUUUCAAGUGUUUUGCUUAUAUAACUUUAUCUUCUGCUCUUUACAUUCAGUAUAUUGAAAAUGUAAUCCCAAGCCAAAACACCAUUGCUCAUGAUGACUUCCACGGUCUUCCCUCGCUAGAACAUUUCCUAUUAGACAGUCUCUGACUUUCUAGCUUGUAGCCAUACACUGAUGCUGUGUAGCUCUGCUCAUAGAUUAUAUUCUCUUUUUAGCACACCAUCUUUGGAGAAAAUAACUGCUCAUCUUGUUUACAACUUCCGUAUCCUUGACUUCUUAAUUCCCUAGGACUUUGACAUCUGGCAUCUACUUCAAGUGAAGAAAUGGGAUUGGGAUGUAGUGAUUCAUAGGUAGGAGUGGCCAGCUGUCACACACACAUGACGUGUCUAUAUGUCUGUUGAUUUGGCUGGCUCUCAUAUUUCUGUCCCGCCCUCCUAGGCUCUGUAGAUGACAAGGUAUUUCUUUCUGGCCUUGAGUGUUUCAGAGGAGCUGAAGAGUAGACCCAGACCCAGGCCCGCUAGUGUGAGUUUUGUAAGUUUCAUUGUUUACUUUGAGGUUUGUCACUUUGGGGAAUGGAGGUCAGUCUACCCAUGGCCUUUCUGGAAUGAGGUCUUUCAUUCACUUUGCAUGGACCAUAGGGAAUCUAAAUAAAUUUAAGCCUGUGGAUUUGGGUUAUUUUUCUACCCCUAAGGAGGUUUUUUGUUUGUUUGAUUGUUUGUUUGUUUGUUUUGUUGUGUCUUGAAUGAUUUCCUCACCUUCCAAAUGUGUAGCUUCAGGAGCACUUGUGACUCUCCAGAGGCCUUGUGUUUCACGGCCUCGUGAUGUUUUUGGUCACUUUGGCAUUUCCUUCUUGCCCCAUCCCCAGCACCACUGGUUGCACCCCGUGCUGUUGUUUGACUCUGCUGCUGGCUAUGACUGUUAAUGCUGCUGUUGAGGUCAGGUAUCUUUUCUGUUCACUUCCCGGAGCCACUGUUUAAUCUCUGACACUUGGAUCUUCUUGAGAGCUCGCUGCAUUCUGCCUUCCCCUGGAAGAGCUCUGCCUUCUUACUGUUGCUCUGAGAGUGCCAGACAACUGCUAAAGUAUGUUUGAUUUCUUCAGCUUUCAGAAUCGCACGUCUCCUCUGACACCUGUCUCAUCUGUUGUGUUCCUGGUGUCUCUGCUAUGUCUCUCUACUGUUGUGUUUGUGGUGUCUCUGCUGUGUCUCUCCUGUUGUGUUUGUGGUGUCUCUGCUGUGUCUCUCCUGUUGUGUUUGUGGUGUCUCUGCUGUGUCUCUCCUGUUGUGUUUGUGGUGUCUCUGCUGUGUCUCUCCUGUUGUGUUUGUGGUGUCUCUGCUGUGUCUCUCCUGUUGUGUUUGUGGUGUCUCUGCUGUGUCUCUCCUGUUGUGUUUGUGGUGUCUCUGCUGUGUCUCUCCUGUUGUGUUUGUGGUGUCUCUGCUGUGUCUCUCCUGUUGUGUUUGUGGUGUCUCUGCUGUGUCUCUCCUGUUGUGUUUGUGGUGUCUCUGCUGUGUCUCUCCUGUUGUGUUUGUGGUGUCUCUGCUGUGUCUCUCCUGUUGUGUUUGUGGUGUCUCUGCUGUGUCUCUCCUGUUGAGUUCCUGGUCUCUCUGCUGUGUCUCUCCUGUUGUGUUUGUGGUGUCUCUGCUGUGUCUCUCCUGUUGUGUUUAUGGUGUCUCUGCUGUGUCUCUCCUGUUGAGUUCCUGGUCUCUCUGCUGUGUCUCUCCUGUUGUGUUUGUGGUGUCUCUGCUGUGUCUCUCCUGUUGUGUUUAUGGUGUCUCUGCUGUGUCUCUCCUGUUGAGUUCCUGGUCUCUCUGCUGUGUCUCUCCUGUUGUGUUUGUGGUAUCUCUGCUGUGUCUCUCCUGUUGUGUUUGUGGUGUCUCUGCUGUGUCUCUCCUGUUGAGUUCCUGGUCUCUCUCCUGUUGUGUUCCUGGUCUCUCUGCUGUGUCUCUCCUGUUGUGUUUGUGGUGUCUCUGCUGUGUCUCUCCUGUUGAGUUCCUGGUCUCUCUGCUGUGUCUCUCCUGUUGUGUUCCUGAUGUCUCUGCUGUCUCUUCUGUUGUGUUCCCGGGUGUCCAAACUGUCUCUUUCCUGUUGUAUUCAUGCUGUUUGAAGUUUUUUGCUUGGUUACUUUGCAGAGCGACUUCUUAGAUCCACAAACAGUCGGCAGAUUUAUAUGUUUAGCUUAGUUUUAAUUGCCUUUGUCUCUAGACUGUGUCUUCAUUGGAGUGAGGAAGGCUUCUUCUCCAGCAUGGAGACAUGCCCAAGCUGCAGCAACACUGGCAUCUCCCUAACUCUGCUCCACCGCCAGCAUGUGGAGAAUUAUACUUGCCAUGUUCUCUGCCUUGUGUUGAGUCUUCUCUGGUUCUCCCCAAUGUUGUAGUGCUACUGUCUUCCCAGGAAUUCUACUUUCUUAUCACCAUAGAAAAGAAACAAGUUAAGAAAUAGGAAGGGAAAGAAAUGAACGCAGUAGCGUAGAUCCAUGGCAAGCUGUAGCCUCUGCUCAAGGCCUAGCAGUCUCUGGUUGUGACAGACCUGAGGUCUUUGUUAUCUGUGGAGGCGUUGGGAAUGGUGAACCUUUACUUAAAUUUUUCAACCCAGUUCAUUUUUUUUUUUUGCUCAAUAUAAAACUCUUCCAGAUUCUGGCCAGUUAUAAUAUGUUUUUAUUCAGAUUUAAUGGAAUGCUUUGAUAAAUAGACUAGGCACCAUUUUAAACUAGACUAUGAAGAAUCUUUAAAGUCACCCUCAAUAAAGGGGCCAUAUAAACCAUUUCUGUAGCCCACCCCUUGGGCUGUAUGCCUGGGUGGUCUUGUUUUAACUGUUGCUGUUUAAUUAUUGAUGGUUUACUGACACAGGCAUAGAAGCCUUAGGGAAAAUGAAAUCCCACAUGCCAGUUUCUUCAGAUGAAUCUUCUUUGAGGUUUAAGUGUCCCUCUAAGUAAUAACAGCAAGACAGGAGUUAGGGGCCAUCUUACUUUGCCUGGCAAAGUCAGCCACAGCAUUCCUUAUUAGAGUCUAUUGAUGCAUAUUGAAGCCAAGACACACAGACACGUGCACACACACACACACACACACACACACACACACGCCACACUCUGACCCUCCUGAAAAUAAGUCUCUCCUCCAAUAAUAAAGGUGGAAUACCUACUGGAACUGAUUUCCUGUUAUUCUUGAGAAUGCCUUGCUAGCUAUGGAGGGAGAUGUUCCUGACCUCUGGAAACUCAGUUCCUGAUAGAGAAAUGGUCACUCAGGAUGAGUGAUAGGAAACUAUUCAGUGAGUGAAUCCCAUGUUUGAGAGGUUACCGCCAGCUUGGAGCGGUCAGGUGAGUGUCACAGAAGACAUGGCAUUUGGAGACAGGAUACUGAUGACACGGCUCAACCAGUAGAAGUGUUUGUCUCUAAUUCUGAUGGCCUGAGUUUCAUCCACAGAAUUUACAUGAUAAGAGGAAAGAUCAGUUUUUACUAACUGGCCUCCUUAAGCAUACCAUGACAUGGGCACAUGUGCACAUAAACACACAUAAUAAGUAAAAAUAAUAAAUGUAAAAAUCAAAAUGUUUUUAAAGCAUAAAGGAAAGGUGAUGUUUGUAAUGGCCAUUGAACUAGAGGGCUAUGAUCUGCACAGACAUAAUUAAAAGGGAUACCUGGCCAAUGGAACACUAUGAACAAAGAUAAUGAUAAACUGUAAGGAGGUCAUGGCAAGCAGUUCUGAUUGGCUGAUGGCCAUCCACUCUCUGAUCUUUGCCUUUAAUGUUCAGAUUCCUUAUGUUACUGUAGAAUCCUAUCAGUUCAUCAGUGUUUACUGAGCAGGCUCUGUGUUCUGGACUCAACCCUUCCAUGUCUUUCACAUAGCCUGUCCGUGUUUCUCUCACUAGUCUUUGUCUGCUUGGCACUUGGUGUCACAGUGUUCUUCUGAGAAUUAUGAAUGGUGCAGUACACCAGGUGUGUAGGCAGCGUGGGCAUCUAGUCAAUGAUGGGUUAUCUUUAAGAAUGCCAUGUGCACCCUGAGCUAAGGCUUGGAGCAGCUGUGGUUUUUACUAGGCUUUGCUGCAACGCUGAGCCGACCUGGACCUGGUGUGACCUGUUCCCUCGGCUCUGCAAACAGCCUAACUCUGCUACUUACUGAGAGUAUGUUAGUGUAUGAGGCAAGGAGAACCGGGUCUGCAGUCUGGAAGAAUCCAUGGGUCUGCACAGCAGAGAACCUGGACAGGCUAGAGUGGAGUCCGAGUCCCCCAUCCUGGUGGAAGUGGCCUUGUUAAGCUGCAGCUGUUCAUUGGUUGUUGUUCUUAAGCAACAGUUUUGCUUUAAUUGGACAUGAAAUUUCAGCCCAGUUUACUUUGGGGAAAAACACGUGAAGGUUGCUCUUGUGAGGCGUCAACUUUUGACAGUUGUGGAGAAUGGAAGUCCUCCUUACUCUGAAGCUUUGUCUCCAGGCUCACCUGUCUGAUAGUCAAGGCCUCUAGCUUUUAUUGUCCCUAUUUAAAUGGCCCACAGCUGGCCUGAAGGCCCCCAGCCCCUCAGCCCCUUCAGCAUAAUUUAAAGCACUGGCUGACAUAGUUGCAUGCACCUGGCAGAACUCACUGCCCCAGAUCCAUCAGCUCUGUGAGGAGGAGGAGGAGGAGUUCUGUCCACCCCUCGCUGGUGGGCAGUGGGUAAACUUCUUUAUGUGGUUCUAAUUCCAGGGUAAACAAAACUUUACAUUCUGGCUGCUUCUCUUUUAUUCAGCGUUAUAACUUGCACUACUAACAUUACUUUGAUAUUGUGGGUAAAAAAGUGGGUAAUUUAAAGCACUGGCUGACAUAGUUGCAUGCACCUGCAACUCACUGCCCCAGAUCCAUCAGCUCUGUGAGGAGGAGGAGGAGGAGUUCUGUCCACCCCUCGCUGGUGGGCAGUGGGUAAACACAGUAUCCUGGCUAGGAGCUCUUGGCAUUUUUUUUCUCUCUCCUGAUUUUUAUUUUACACAUAUAGCAAUGUCAAUGCAGAUGGGAAUAUUUUUAAAAAGAAAAUUUUAAAAAAAGCACACUGCUAAUGGAGGAGCUAGAGAAAGUACCCAAGGAGCUAAAGGGAACUGCAACCCUAUAGGUGGAUCAACAUUAUGAACUAACCAGUACCCCGGAGCUCUUGACUCUAGCUGCAUAUGUAUCAAAAGAUGGCCUAGUCGGCCAUCACUGGAAAGAGAGGCCCAUUGGACACGCAAACUUUAUAUGCCCCAGAACAGGGGAACGCCAGGGCCAAAAAGGGGGAGUGGGCGGGUAGGGGAGUGGGGGUGGGUGGGUAUGGGGGACUUUUGGUAUAGCAUUGGAAAUGUAAAUGAGCUAAAUACCUAAUAAAAAAUGGAAAGAAAAAAAAAAGCACACUGCUAUAACCCAAUAUGACUGUAAUUAUCCACACACAAACUUUUUUUUUAACUCUUUUUUUUUUGCAUAUGUUGACAUUUUUCUUUAUGUGGUUCUAAUUCCAGGGUAAACAAAACUUUACAUUCUGGCUGCUUCUCUUUUAUUCAGCGUUAUAACUUGCACUACUAACAUUACUUUGAUAUUGUAGUUAAUGGAGUCUUUUACAUCAAAUGAUUGUGACAUUUAUAGAGACUCGGGGAAAGCCCAGCAGCAUGCAUUUGGCAUUCAUUGCCUUUUUCAGAAAAUACAAGGGCUAUCUGUAGUUUGUCUCAGAGAUCCUCAGCCGGCAUCUGAGAAAACCCUCUUUUAGGUUGGGUCCUGAGGCAUACCUGUUCUGCUCCAGACCGUCCAUCCGUCCAUCCGUCCGUUCAGGCCACUUGCAUAAGUGGAUUUCAAGUGUUUGGUGACCAUCUGGAUAACACUGUGCAUAAAUAAGCAAUGAUGUUCUUUGCUCUGUGGUGAAGAUGUCUCUGGUCAGCAUACUCUCACAAGAAGGUGUGAAUGGUUUGGGUGAAGGCUCCGGCAUGCACUUGCCAUAUGCCAGAGUAUGUCGCCACUGUAGGGCAUUGCCACCAAUGUGGUGUUGGGCUAACCCAGCAAAACUGGUCUGCACCUCAAGGGGAACUUGAGUUUCAGGAUAGGGAUCAAGAAUGCAGUGGGCAGUUGUGAGAUGGGGGAGUGUUUCCCAUCUGACAAAGUCUAAAGAAAGAGUAGGCCAGCUAGCUUCACUCUUCCCGAGCCCAGCCCUAGGGAAGGUGAUGGCCGAUCCCUUGUUAUGUUUUGUGUUUCUUCGGAGCAAGUCUGCUUGUUUUGUUUUGUUUUAAUUCAUAGCAUCUGCAUAAGUGGUUUUUUUUUUACAUACAAUAAAAUUCACCCAACUUAAGUAUUAUCUUAAAUGGAUGUUGGCAGUUACAUACAGUUGUAAAACUACCGUGACCCACAGAAUAUAAAACAGCCCCUCCCCCCUCUACUGGGUUUCCCCAGCUCAGUUCUGUCCCUGUGCUGAUCCAGGCAGCUGCUCUGACAGCAGAGAUCUGCUGUCUGUAGAGAUUUAUAUGGAUGGAAUUCCAUAGCAUGUUGUCCUGCCUUGGCUUCUUUCACACACUGUAGAGCUUCUGAGUUACACCUGUUUUGUCACGAGUUAGUUAUCUCGUGCCUGUUAAUUAACAUCCCAGAGGAGGGUGUGGUAAAUUUACCUAUUUAUGGCUUGGUGAUGGGAACUAGAUGUGCUGCCUGCAGUUUGGGAAUAGUAUAAAUAAUGGCACUGCAACCUUUGUGUACACAUCUUUCUGUAGACAUAGGUUCAUUUUCUCUUGUGCAAGCAUCUAGGAAUGGGAUUAGCUAGGUAAAUAACAUGUUGAACUUCACAAGAGCUUGUCAAUGUUUGUGUCUCUGUGUCAGUGCAGGAGACUUCUGGUUAUCAUGCACUUAAUUCUUGGUGCAUCCAAAUAGAUGGCAGCAACUCAGACCCUCUUAAAAUAGCACAUGGUCUCCUGGUCACCCUAAUUCCUGUUUGACUGCUGGCCUUCCUUGCCAUCAUGAUGAAAUUCCCUUACAUGAAGCAACUUAAGGGAGGGAAGAGUUAUCUGGGCUUGCAGUUUGAAAGGAUACGACCCAUCAUGAAGGAGCCAGUAGUGGUGUGAGGCAGCUGAGCACAUUGCAUCUAUGUUCAAGUAGCAGAGGACAAACAAUAAGUGAGCUGUCAGCCAUGACUUCAUGACCCACCCCCAGGGACCAGCUUCCUCCAAAGAGACCCCGCCUCUUAAACUCUCCACAGCUUUCCAAACAGACUCAUGAACCUACGGGAGACACUUCACAUUCAAACUAUAAGGCAGAUUCAUUCUGCUGGCAAGAGUACUGCCCACCUGUCAUUUGAAUGUACUUGACCUUAGCCACACAAGUUGUUAUCAGCCAUUUUACACCCCUGUCAUACACUGCAGGGAACUGUGGGCUGGGCCUGUGGGAUGAGAAGAUUGGAGUUGGAAUGGCUAUCUCUUGCCACUGAUGUACUGCCAGCAUAGACUGCUCUGCACCCAGUAUGUCCACCUGUAAAAUUCAAGGUUUUAGUCAAAUGAUAUAGACCAAAAAAAAAAAAAAAAAAAA